AUGGCUGACCGUGUUGUUGGUUCGGUUGAAGACCGUGUGGUUGGUGUCCUGGGUGGCGGUCAAUAUGGCCGAUUGCUCAGUGAGGCGGCGAGUCGACUUGCCAUUCCCCUGGUCGUGCUCGAUCCCUCACCGGCAUCUCCGGCCAAGCAGAUUAGCGCCCCGGCGCUUCUGCACCCUACCCUAGCCCACGUAGAUGGUUCGUACUCGAAUGCCGACGACAUUCAUGCCCUUGCCAAGCGGGCAGAUGUGCUCACUGUCGAGAUCGAACAUGUCAAUGUUCAGGCCUUGUUCCAACUACGCGAUCAGUAUCGCACCACCGGCGGCCAUCUGGGCAAGGGCAUUGAAAUCUACCCGUCGCCCGAGACUUUGGCAAUAGUGCAAGACAAGCUCUCUCAAAAGAAGCUGCUGCGCGCAUCUAACGUCCCCGUGGCCGAGUUCGUUGAUCUUCCAGACACGACAUCGGAAACUAUCACUCAAGCGGCCAAAUCGCUUGGUUUGCCUUUCCUGCUUAAGGCUCGCAGACAAGCAUAUGACGGUCGAGGAAACUUUGUCGUGCGCGAUCUCGCCGAUGUACCGCGAGCUGUGAAAACCCUAAGCGCACUGGGUGGUCCACUCUAUGCCGAGCAGUAUGUGCCUGAUGUGGAGCACGAAAUUGUCGUUGUUGUCGUCCGCACCGUCAAGGGUGAGAUUCACAGCUACGGCGCCGUCGAGAACGUCAAGGCCGGCAAGAUAGGACACCUCGUUCGUGCGCCUCUCCGACAAGGCGGCAAGGAUGUGGCCAGCCAAGUAGAGGUGUUGGCGCAAAAGGCUGUCAGCACACUGGGCGAUGGUGCCGUUGGUGUUUUUGGCGUCGAAUUCUUUCUGUCGGCCAACGGCAACCUGCUCGUCCACGAAAUCGCCUCUCGUCCACACAGCUCAGCGCACCACACCGUCGAAGCAUCCGAAACAUCCCAGUACGAAAACCACCUCCGAGCAAUCCUGUCCCUUCCAAUCGGCAGCACCGACCUGAAAGUCCCUUCUGCAACAACGCUAAACUUGCGCUCCACACCCGACUCAGCAGACGAAGUCCGCGCCGUCGUCCAACGCGCCCUCGCCACCAAAGGCGCAACCGUCCACUUAUACGGCAAAAAAGAGGCACCAGGGAAAUCCGACUCGCCCAAGGGCCGCAAAGUAGGCCACAUCACCGUCGUGGGCCUAUCGGACGCCGAUGUGAACGACCGAAUCCAUCAACUUUUGGGCUCCGGACCGUCAGCCUUUACCGACGACCCGUUAAUCCCCAAGCCGCCCAAGUCGCAUCCCCUACCACUUGUAUCUGUUCUAAUGGGCUCGGACUCCGAUCUCCCGAGCGUCCGCGACGCCGCGCGCAUCUUGGACCAGUUCAAGGUUCCCUUCGAAGUCCAUAUCGUCUCAGCCCAUCGCACCCCGAAGCUAAUGAACCACUUCUGCAAGGAGGCCGAUGCCCGCGGAGUCCGUGUCAUCAUUGCCGCGGCUGGCGGUGCUGCUCAUUUACCGGGGAUGGUCGCCUCGGAAUCGAAUUUGCCUGUGGUUGGAAUUCCUGUUAAGGGGCCGACGCUGGAUGGUGUUGAUUCGUUGCAUUCGAUUGUGCAGAUGCCGCGAGGCGUCCCCGUCGCAACGGUCGGAAUCAACAAUUCCACAAAUGCUGGUUUACUAGCGAUCCGUAUUCUGGCCGUCACUAUUCCAAAGUAUGCGGUCGCCAUUGAAGAGUAUCGCGCGAAUAUGGAGAGAGUUGUGUUGGAAAAGGGCAGGAAUCUCGAUGAGGCUGGGUGGACUUGGAAGUUGGAUGAUAAAUAA